GGGGGGAGAGAGAAAGAUAGAAAGGGGCGUGGAUGCCGAAUUAACUCCGAGAAGUAAAACACCCUCUCUUCAGUUCUCAGCUGGAGCAAGUGACAGCAGCAACACGAGAGAGUAAAACUAGGUAGGCUACUACGUACGCCAUUACGUUUUAGGUGAAUUACCCCCAUUAAAGCGGGACAUUUGACCACCUGUGAACCAUGGAAGAAGACGCGUCCCACGCCGAGCACAACAGCGUCUCCGGCAGCACCCACACCAUCCCGCAGCAGCAGCCCGAAAACACGGAGCUCCUUAUCCCGAGCUUCAGCCCGUCGUCCGCCCCGUCCUCUCCGACCCCGACCGGCACCCUCUCCCGGCUGGGCUUGAAAAAUCCGAGCAGCCCGACCGCGGUCGCGCCGGGCACCCCGGUCGACCGCGGCCAGGUGAGCGCCAUCACCGUGGUGGCGCUGCUGGACAAGCUGGUCAACAUGCUGGAGUCGGUGCAGGAGAACCAGCAGCGGAUGGAGCAGCGGCAGGCCGACCUGGAGGGCGCUGUGCGGGUCGUUCAGGGGGACGUGACCCGCCUGUCCAAAACCCACGUCAGCACCUCCAACAGCGUCAGCAAGCUGCUCGAGCGCUCCCGCAAAGUCAGUGGGCACCUGAAGGAUGUGAGGGAGCGCAUGGAUAAACAGGCGGUCCAGGUGAAGAAGCUGGAGGCAAACCACAGCCACCUGCUGAAGAGGAACCACUUUAAAGUGCUUAUAUUCCAGGAAGACAAUGAGAUCCCCUCUAGUGUGUUAGUCAAGGACUCCCUCAAGACCCCACAACCAAGCCAGUACGAUGCAGAAUCCAUCCAUCCUGCUCCGUCUGUUGCUUGCUCUGUUGAUGGCAGCCAUGCCCCUGAGGGUCUUCAGACCAUUAGCCUGUCCUCCGAUGACGACGAUGUACUUCCAGCACACCUUGAGGUGGACGAGAUGUUUCAAUGCGAGGCCGCAACGGGCACUUCCCACACAUUUGAGAGAAGGGCUGACAAGUUCAAGCGCAACAGCCUGAAGAAGGUUGAUAGCCUCAAGAAGGCCUUCUCGCGUCAGAGCAUCGAGAAGAAGAUGACCAAGAUCACCACCAAGAUUGUGCCGCCGGAGAAGCGUGAGAAACUCAGGAAGAGCCUCACCCCUAACCACCCCAAGAGCCCGACUGCCAAGUCCUCCUCUUUCAAGGUGUCUCCCAUGACUUUCAAUGUCAAGAAAGUCCGAGAUGGGGAAACCCCCACGCAAGACAUGGGGUCACCUGGGGAAGAAGCCCAUGUGGAGAUUCCUGCUCUGGAAAGCUUAGAUGGUGAGAUUCCCUUGGCAGAGGUGCAUACCCAAGAAGGCGUUGUGGAGCAGAUUCGGGAGAUGCUGAGUCCCUCCACCCCAGAGAGCAUGAAGGCAGAGCUGGCUAUCAAUGGAGAGGCCUCAAGCAUCGAGGGCGAGAUAAAUGGCGAUCGUAUUGCUGGCCUGGCAGUUCCAGAGCUUGAUGAAGAUGUUGACGAGGAGGAAGAAGAGGAGGAAGAGAAACCCAAAAGUCCUGUUGAGCCAGCAGCAGAUGCCCAGAUUCCCACAGCAAAAAUUGCUGUAGAGCAAGUGUCUUAAUAUGAUUUUAAUAUUUAGAAAGCAUCAAUUAUAGUUUCUUUUCUUGCUCAAUUUUUCUGCACCCAUAAGGCACACAUUUUCCCUCCAAUGUAAAAUGUCUUGUCUAGUCUUCCAUAUAGACUAGAAACAUACUCACGGCUUCCUAAGGUAGUCCAUCCUUGGACUAUUCCUGCAAAACUACCUUUGAUUAUUGCCAUCUUGGUCUAAAAACCUUGAAACAGACUGUAUAAGCAACUAGGUUGACAACUAGACCCCACAGUGGAUCAGAAUCUGGUGCAAGUGCUUCCUGAACCCUGGAGCAGGGUUGUCCAAAGAAAGUACCAUUGCACCAACGCACCAUAACUCACUCCCAUCAGCUGGUGCCCACCUCUUUUAACAGCAGCACAUCUCCAGGGCGCUGGGCCAACUAUCUCCCUCCUGCUGUGUUUGUCUGCCACUGGAGCUCUCUUCCUCACUGACAAAUAGCCUCUUCAUUCUUUGUGUUGUUUUUUUGUGUGUGAAAAAGAAAAAUAGUAAAUCUUUGGCAACAGUGGUACUGCCAACAGCCUGCUGAGGCAGGGUGUUGGCAGGUUGUUCAAGAGUUGGAAUGGGAAGUUUCAGGGUUUUCAGUGAAAAGGUCCUGGGGUAUUUUGUGGUGAACUAGCGGCGUUUACUAAAUUCUUUGGGCCUGUGCUUAAAAAGGCCAGAUUUUAAAUAACGGGUGACUAAACUUAAGAAGUCCAAGUGGCGCUUACUUGUUUCCUGUCCUUCACCUGCGCUCGUCAAAUUGUUUGUUUCUUCCAUAGUGAGAUCCAAUUUGUCAUUUCCGACUCCGACCUACCUAGAAUACCACAUGAGUUGCGUGUGGUACUUUUAAAAUAUUUUAGUAAUUAAUGAUUGCCAGUUAAGUAACCUCCAGGUGUUGAAAAUUAGAAUAGAACACCAAUCAAUAGUCUAAAAAAGGUAAAAGAUACAUUUUAUUGCAAAUACCAGGUAAAUUACACUGAUGCAAAUGAAGGACAUUGAUGCAGAAUAGAAGCUACUCUAAAUGGCUAGAACAAUGCAUUAGUGACACAAAGAACCCUGCAGGUAUUAAUAGUGACAUACUAAAUGUCCCUUUUACAGCCCCUUUGUCGUUUCUGCAGGGCAACUUUGUUUAUAUUCAGGAAUUCUAAUUCUUAUUUUUUCUUUCUAUGUGAGGCACACUACUCUAGGUAUUUACAGCUUAAACACCAUGAAAUAGUACCUCUAUGAUAACUGUCCUUGAGUGUGUGUGUGUGUGUACUUCAUACAGUAAAUGUUGUAUCUGUGAAUUUGUUUUGAGUUACUCUAUGCUACUUGGGUGUUUGUAAGUUGUCUUUUUUUUGAGGCAUUCAUAAAUUGCAUGGUGAAAUCUUUCAUAUGUCGAAGACAAAAACACUAUCUUGUACUUUUGCCAGGGCACCGUCACUAAGUCUCCUCACACACACACACACACACACACACACACACACAAACGCACACUACAGUGCCUUUUACCUUCCACAAGCUGUUAUGAGAAAUUGCAGUCCUGAAGGGAUGCAGUCCUAUGUUUUUGUAGAUAAGGGUGAUAGUAAAAUGCGCCUGAAGUUUUUUUUUCUUCUGAGGAAUUCCUUGCAGCUAUCACUUUAUGGUGCAUAGUCAUGGGUUGAUACCAACUACAUAAAAGCUGAGAAAAUUCAAAGUUAAAGGAGGCGCAAAUUCAUUCACUAUCAUUCACAAUCAACUUCAUGUAUGGAAGUCAUUUAUGCCUAAAAAGUUUCAAAAUGUGACCUUCAUCUUGUUGCACAUCACUAGUGCUAUGCCAGCUGUAGUUACAGAUGUCUAAUUCCAUGACUCCCUAAAAAAUAAUUUAGCAAGUGAUACCAGGUGCCAAGGAUCCAGAUACUAGAGAGGUCACAGGAGUUGAUAAAGUCGUAGGACAGCGUUCCUAGCUUUGACGGAUGACUCCUGUUCAGCCCAUUUUUCAUGCCCUUGGCCUCCUUGUUGAGACAGCACGAAGAGAGGAAGACGCUCUCUGGAGCCACAGGUGUUCUGCCCCUGUGAAGGCUCCUGGGCAUGAGCUUGGAAAUGGAAAAGGGACAAAUGUGUUUGUCUUGGGAAGUGUGGGAAAGAGUCUGAAAUACAUAAGACCUUGGGAACUGAAGUACAUUGUAGGGGGUAUGCAUACCAAUCUAUGGCGCUGCAGGUUUCCAUUACCUAGACCCCACUACAUCCAUUAUAUUUCUUCUAUAUAAGCAAUGGAUUCCUAACUUCUGAAAGUCAAAAUAUGGUGCCCCACAUAUUUUGAUAUUUAAAUAUGCAAAAAUCAUGCAUUACAAAAAGGGGAUCUGUAAGAAGAAAAUGAAUAGAUAUACAUUAUUUUAAAGAUCUUAUUACCUGUGUUUAUUAAAUGUGCUUACUCAUACAGAUGAUUUUUUUUUUCUUCUCUCUUCUUUGCAUGAAUCAUCUUACUGAAAAGGGAUUAAACACUAGGCUUAUGUGUACAUUCUUUGUACUGUAGAAGUUAAAAUAUGACUGGCUUUGAGGUAUUUUCUGCUUAGUCAUGCACGUGUGUUACUUUGGUGAUAGCUCUGUCUGCUAAUGUUGGAAAUGUAAUUUCUAGAUCUAAAAUCAGACGUUUUUUAUCUGAGUGAUAUGUGAAAGCUGUUUUUGUUAGAAAGUUCAAACACCACCUACAGCAUUUCUCAGGUAGUGAUAUCAUGUUUAACAUCUUUGUUCAUACAGAGUUCUUACCUUUUAUAGCCUGCUCGUUUAGUUAACCACUUAAACCAAAGACGUUUCCUUCACAGCAGAAGAAUCCCUGCCACUUGAGUGUUUAAAUGAACUCCUCCUGUUUCAAGCAUCUUGUAAACAUGCAGGCAUUUUCUUUCAGAAAAUUAGUAUUGUAUACAUCAAUAAAGAUUUUAUAACAU